CAGGAGCCAUUGUUAAGUGUUGGAUAUAUUUACACGCUGUUAAAUGAAGUACUCUGCCAAGUGUAUAAACACACUCUGAACACACAAGAAAUGGAAGUUGUGGUUGGACUGAUGAUAAUGCUACUGGGAGUAUCUCAUGGUGUGGAAACUUACUGUGAUGGCAGACAGGAUGGAGCUCAGUGUUAUGGAGCUUUGGGGGGAACUGUGGACAUCCAGCUGAUGGACAGCACCUCAGAAAUACCUAGAUAUGAACUGUUAAAGAAUUCAUUAAAAAUACUAUAUGUGAGAAAUAAUACAGUUCUUUCUAAUAUAAUACAAAGUAGGUCUCUUUUUAUUCCUAGUAAUGGAAGAUUUAGGAUCAAUAACUUGAGCAGGAAUGAUAGUGGUAAAUAUACACUUAUAACCUUUGAUUUAGAUGGAAAAGUAUCAAGCAAGCGGUCUUUACAGUUGUUCAUUCAAGCUCCUGUGUCCUCUGUCCUGCUGGUCUCUGAGUGUCUGUCCCAGGGAGAGAUGAGGGUGUCCUGCUCCUCUGAGGGAGGGGACAGUCCUCAGUACAGCUGGACUCUGGAUGGACGCACACUGACAGAUGCUGAGCUCCUUUCUGUAAAUAACAAGACUAACAACAUCACUCUGAAACAGCACGUCUCAGGACAUCUGGUCUGCUCAGUCAGGAACAACGUCAGUAAUGUCUCCAAAGAAGAGAGAAUAUCUACAUGUGGCUUCAGUUUCAUAAACUGCACCUUAAUCAAUGGGACACAGAUAUCAGGGUGGGUGUAUGAAGCCAACAACACCCUGUGUAUUAAACCAACAAUCACAACUAGAGGCAGUACUGUGGGUGAUGAGACUGGAGUAGUGUCAGUUAAAAACAGUAUAACACCCUUUAAUCAAACUGCCUGCAGUGAUGGCACAUGGCACAAUAAUAAGUCUUUGCUUAUGUGUGGUUUGAGAGCAGUUGUGGUCAUUCUCUUGUUAGUUGGGAUUUACAUCUACUUCGCUUGGAGGAAAAAGAAACAUGACAAAGCUGAAGUCUCUGCUGUCCCACAAACGAGAGGAGAUCCAGAGGACUCUGUUCUGAUGAUUGAAAUGAGUUCUGCAACUUACGCCAACACCUAGUUUCACCUUUAAAUUACUGAAAUCUGACAAAACAACACAUUUUUUGUUUUUAUUCUUCACAACAUAUGUUUCUCUUUAACAGCUCAUAGUGACUUUUUUGUGUGUGGAAGCUUUGAUUACAAAAGGUUGUGACUUUAAUCUGAACUACUUUUUUACUUAAGGUGAAAUUAGUCAAGUAAAUUCUUAAACUGAAAAAUCUGAAAAAUUUAAUGUCACCAAGCUGGAAGCAAGGGUUAUUGUCUUAGAAGAUUCAGGCAAUUUGGGGUUUUUUUGUUUUGUUUUGUUUUGUUUUGUUUUAUUUCAAAUUGACUUGAUAGGUAUCUGUACUUCUUAAAUGUUAAUUUCGAAAAGCAUGUGUUUUUUAUGUUUGUUUGUUAAGUUUUAGACCAUUGCACCAUCAUCUAUUUAUCUCAUAUGGUUCUAAUUACACAUUACAAAACUGUUGUUGCCAUUGUGACAAACAAUAAUUGUAUAAAGCCUGUAAUAAGAUUAAAAGCAGGAGCUUUAAUUUAA